AUGAAGUGGGUAACCUUUAUUUCGCUUCUCUUUCUCUUCAGCUCUGCUUAUUCCAGGGGUGUGUUUCGUCGCCAUUCAUACAAGAGUGAAAUUGCUCAUCGGUUUAAUGAUUUGGGAGAACCACAUUUCAAAGGCCUAGUGCUGGUUGCCUUUUCUCAGUAUCUACAGCAGGGCACAUAUGAAGAUCAUGUAAAAUUAGUGAAUGAAGUAAAUGAAUUCGCAAAAAAAUGUGUUGCUGAUGAGUCAGCUGAAAAUUGUGACAAGUCACUUCAUACUCUUUUUGGAGAUGAAUUGUGUAAAGUUGCAACUAAUCGUGAAACCUAUGGUGAACUGGCUGACUGCUGUACAAAAGAAGAACCUGAGAGAAACGAGUGCUUCCUGCAACACAAAGAUGACAGCCCAAACUUCCCCCCUCUGAAAGCAGAGCCUGAUGUUCUGUGCGCCCAAUUCCAGGCAGAUGAAGAGAGUUUUCUGGGAAAAUAUUUAUAUGAAAUUGCCAGAAGACAUCCUUACUUUUAUGCCCCAGAGCUCCUUUACUAUGCUGAAGAAUAUAGAGACGAUUUAAAAGAAUGCUGCCAAGCUGAUGAUAAAGCUGCCUGCCUGCUGCCAAAGAUUGCAGUUUUGAAGGACAGAGUACUGACUUCAUCUGCCAAAGAGAGACUCAAGUGCGCCAGUCUCCAAAAAUUCGGAGAGAGAGCUCUCAAAGCAUGGACAGUAGCUCGCCUGAGCCAGAAAUUUCCCAAGGCUGACUUUGCAGAGAUUUCCAAGCUGGUGACAGAUCUUGCCAAAAUCCACACGGAAUGCUGCCAUGGUGACCUGCUUGAAUGUGCAGAUGACAGGGCGGAUCUUGCCAAGUACUUUUGUGAUAACCAAGAUUCAAUCUCCAGUAAACUGAAAGCAUGCUGUGAUAAACCUCUGUUGCAAAAAUCCCACUGCAUUGCUGAGUUUGAAGGCGAUGAGUUGCCUAGUGACCUGCCCCCAUUAGCUGCUGAUUUUGCUGAAGAUAAGGAAGUUUGCAAACACUUUCAGGAUGCAAAAGAUGUCUUCUUGGGCACGUUUUUGUAUGAAUACGCAAGAAGGCAUCCUGAUUACUCUGUCUCUUUGCUGUUGAGAAUUGCCAAGCAAUAUGAAGCCACACUGGAAAAGUGCUGUGUCGCUGAUGACCCACCUGCAUGCUAUGGCAAAGUGUUUGAUGAGCUGAAACCUCUUGUGGAUGAGCCUGUGAAGUUAGUCAAAGAAAACUGUGAAAUUUAUGAAAGGCUUGGAGAGUAUGACUUCCAAAAUGAGCUCAUAGUUCGUUACACCCACAAAGUACCCCAGGCGUCAACUCCAACUCUCGUGGACAUCUCAAGAAAAAUGGGAAAAGUGGGCACCAAGUGUUGUAAGGUUUCUGAGCCACAAAGAUUGCCCUGUACUGAAAACUAUCUGUCCUUGAUCCUGAACCGGUUGUGUGUGUUGCACGAGAAGACUCCAGUGAGCGAGAGAGUUACCAAAUGCUGCACGGAUUCCUUGGUGAACAGACGGCCAUGCUUUUCUGCUCUGCAACUCGAUGAAACAUAUAUUCCCAAAGAGUUUAAUGCUGAAACAUUCACCUUCCAUGCAGAUAUAUGCACACUUCCUGAUGAUGAGAAAAAAAUCAAGAAACAAACGGCACUAGUUGAGCUGGUGAAACACAAGCCCAAGGCAACAAAUGAACAACUGAAAGCCGUCAUAGAGGAUUUUGCAGCUUUUAUAAACAAGUGCUGUGCAGCUGAGAACAAAGAGGCCUGCUUUGCUGAGGAGGGUCCGAAACUUGUUGCUAAAAGUCAAACUGCCUUACUCUAA